AUGCAAUAUUACGGACUUAUCUACUUCGUAAAUUAUCAAUAUUACCCUAUUCCUUUACAGAAUGUUUCCGUUGAAGCGAAUAUUGUUGAUAUGAUAGCCGAAACAACGGUUUGCCAAACUUAUAAAAAUAUUGAGUCAAAUACAAUUGAAGCUAUUUACAAAUUUCCACUUCAUGAAGCGACAGCUGUAUGCAAAUUUGAAGCAGAAAUUGAUGGAAAAAGAAAAAUUAAAGGAAUAGCUAAAGAGUCUAAGCAGGCUGCAAAGGAAUAUGAUGAGGCUAUCCAGCAAGGUCAAGGCGCUUAUUUAUUAGAAGAGCAUCAAUCAGACGUUUUCCAAUGCUCUAUUGGCAAUAUCACGGCUGUUCGAUUUGUUUUUCCUACGGCUAUCGCUCCACGAUAUGGUUCAUCCGGUUAUUCUCCUGCAAAUGAUAGGAAAAAACUCAUUCCUGAUGCAAUGUCUUAUUCAUCUGAGGCAACCUAUUAUUUAGAUCUUGCUAUUACAUGCAGGAUGACUUCAGUUAUUCAAAAUAUUGAAUCACCAUCACAUCAUAUUUCUACUGAAUUAAAUAUUGAUGGUAAUCCGAAUGUUUCAAAGAUUACUCUAGCAGAACAAAUAACUUAUUUAGAAAAAGAUUUUAUACUCGUUGUUAAAAGUCUAGGCCUUGAUCAACCAAGAGCUUUUGUCGAAUACAAUCCCCAAACUGAAACAAAUUGUAUUAUGCUAACUUUGGUGCCAAAAUUCGCUAUUAAUACUAUAAUUUCAGAGUUGAUUUUCGUUAUUGAUAGGUCCGGUUCAAUGCAAAGUGGGGCUAUGAAAAAAGCUUCUGAAGCACUCCAAUUACUGCUUCGUUCAUUACCUGAAGAUUGUUACUUUAAUGUGAUAUCAUUUGGAUCUCAUUUUGACUCUCUAUUUGAAAAGAGUCAACCUUAUUCCGAAAAUUCUUUUUCAAAAGCUCUUAAACAUGCUCAAGAAAUGGCUGCAAAUUAUGGAGGAACUGAAAUUUAUAAUCCUAUAAAAUGGGCAUUUGAAAAUUCAAGGAAUGAUAUGCCAACUUCUGUUUUCCUUCUGACUGAUGGUCUUGUUAAUAAUGUCGAUCAGAUUGUAGAACUUAUUAAAUCUAGUGAAGAAAAAAAGAAAGAUGAUGUAAGGGUCUUCUCAAUUGGGAUUGGAAAUUCUGUUUCUCAUGGCUUAGUUGAAUCAGUUGCCCGUGCUGGUAAAGGUUAUGCACAAUUUGUUACAAAUAAUGAACGAAUGGACAAAAAGAUUCUUGGAAUGCUAAAAAAUGCCAUAAAACCUCCUAUUAAGGAUUAUAAUAUUACUUGGACUAAUCAAAUUAUCGAGGAUGCUUUACCUAAAGAAACUGAGUCAGUAGAUGUAGAUAAACCAACAAUUAGCUUCUUUAGCGAUAACACUGCACCUCCACCAGUUGCUCAAAUUUUUUUUACAGACGUAAAAAUUCAACAGGCGCCGUUUGUUAUUCCACCAAUUUAUCCUGGUGUUCGAUUUAUAGUUUAUUGCAUUUUAGAAAAAGGUGUUGAGGCUUGUAAAGAAAUUACAUUGAGUGCAACUUCUCAUGAUGGUCCAAUGAAGCUUUCUAUCCCAUUAGAUCCCGUAACUUUACAAGGAUCAAAAAUACACACACUUGCAGCUAGAAAGCUUAUUCAAGAUCUUGAUGAUGGUACUUCAUUUAUUCAUAAGCACCCAAGAAAUAGUGGAAAAUUGAUACCAAUUUCACUUAUUCGUGAGCAAAUUGUUAAAUUAGGAAUUAUGUAUAGAUUGGCUUCAAAAUAUACAAAUUUCCUUGCAAUUGAUGAAAGAGAUAAUAAAGCAGUAGCUGAAGCACAAAAUAUUCGUAAACGGUGUAUCAUUCCAACUAGGCCAUCUGCUCCGUUUGGUACUGCGACACUUAAUUCUCUCCCAAUUUAUCGUCCGCAGGCUCUUACUUCUCAUCCAAUUCAUCAUCAGCAUGCUUUUAAUUCUCAACCAAUUCAUCGUCAACAAGCUAAUAUUAAUCUGAACAGUAAUGUCGGUAAAAUUUUAUGUGCAGCACCAACAUCUCAAAUUUCAUAUUUCAUGUCCCCCAAUGCUGCCCCAACAUUAUCUUAUAUUUCUCAAUCUGCAAUGCGAUAUUCCACUUCUGGCGUUUCAUAUAAUGAUUCUACUAUAUCAGCCUUUUCAACCACUUCUGUAAAAAUGAAACCUCCAAAAAUCGAAACACUUUAUAGCUUUCUCAAUUUCCAAUCAUUUGACGGUUCAUUUUUACCAUCUGAUAAGUUUUAUUCUUGGUUUGAAUGUGAAAUGUGUUAUGAAAAAUCCAAAAAAGCUUUAAAAAAAGAAAUUGGUAAUGAUGAUCAAAAGGUUAAUGAGGUUUUGGAAAAAGCUAAAGAAUGG